GCUCUGGCUGGGCUGUCUUCCUGGCCCUCACCCCUGUUUCCUUGGCUGUAGAUCCCUUUAAAUUGGAAGGAACAAUUUCCAACUCCUCCAUCUUUGCUGUUCUCGUGGUCGGGUUGGGGGACAGACAGUCCCUUCCUCUCCAUUCUGUCGCUCUGUCAGGGCCUCUUCAUUCCGCAUCUCCACCCUUAUCCCCCUUCCCUUUUCCCUGUCCCCGUGUCCUGUCCACCCGGACCUUCCCUCCUGCUUCUCCCCCUGCUUGCCCAGCUCCUGUGGCCGCUGCACCCUGUUUCCCCUCCCUCUCCAUCACCCCUAGCCUGCUCUCCUUGAGCAUCCUGCAGGCUUCGCAGCGUGGUGCCUCCUCCCAGUCCUGCUGUCUCAGGACUGACCCUGGCCCCGGCCCUGUGCCACCUCCUCUUCACCGUCUGGUCCCUUCUCCCCCCAACCCACCUUCCCUCUCAGCUUCUUUCAUUAACUUCACUGGGCACUGCCCACUUCCCCACGCCUUUCCCGUCCCAUUCCGCUGUUCUCUAAGAGGACUUCACGCACACAUUCAGGGCCAGAAUCCAGAGGAUCCGUGUGUCCAUCUCCUCGUUCAUUCUGCGCAGCCGGCCCCACCCCCCGCCCUUCUUUUAAAACCAACCAUGCAGAUUCUUUCAGGAGUCUUUACCCAGGAGAGCUACAUUUGUGGGGGUGGCCUCUCCCCAACUCCACCUCCCUUCAGAGGGCACCUAGGCAUUUGGAUGAUUAAACACUGAGCAAAAUUAUGUUCUGUAGUUUUGCGCCCACCAACCUUCUCUCUUUCUCUAUGUCUCUUUCCCUCCAUCUCUUCUCCCCUCCUGAAGUUACAGAUUCCUGGGGCCUAACCAUAAGACAAAUGCCUUGGACUCCACGUGGGGUGGGCAGGCUGGGAUGUUCCUCUCUCGAUCGCUGGCGCUCUCUCGCUCGCUCUUGCUUGCUCUCUCUCGCUCUCUCUGUCUCAGAUUGACUUCCUUUUCCCUCCCCCACUCCCAGACUCCCUCCCUCUCUGUAGGUGCUCAAGGCAUCACAAGGUUCUUGACUCUAAAUUAAGAUCCAAGACAAGCUUGGAGCUGUGGGCAGAGGAAGUGAGAAGGAAGGAAGCCAGAGAAUAAGGGCUGAAAAUCUGGGUCACAGCUGAGGAAGAUCUCGGACAUGGAGUCCAGGAUGUGGCCUGCACUGCUGCUGUCCCACCUCCUCCCUCUCUGGCCACUGCUGUUGCUGCCCCUUCCCCUGCCUGCUCAUGGCUCUUCCUCCUCCCCACGAACCCCGCCAGCCCCAGCCCGCCCCCCAUGUGCCCGGGGCGGCCCCUCGGCCCCACGCCAUGUGUGCGUGUGGGAGCGGGCACCCCCACCAAGCCGAUCCCCUCGGGUGCCAAGAUCACGUCGGCAAGUCCUGCCGGGCACUGCACCCCCUGCCACCCCAUCAGGCUUUGAGGAGGGACCUCCCUCAUCCCAGUACCCCUGGGCUAUUGUUUGGGGCCCUACAGUGUCUCGAGAGGAUGGGGGAGACCCCAACUCUGCCAAUCCUGGAUUUCUGCCCCAUGACUAUGGUUUUGCAGCCCCCCAUGGGCUGGCUACCCCACACCCCAACUCAGACUCCAUGCGGGGUGAUGGAGAUGGCCUCAUCCUUGGAGAAGCACCGGCUACCCUGCGGCCAUUCCUGUUUGGGGGCCGUGGGGAAGGCGUGGACCCUCAGCUCUAUGUCACAAUUACCAUCUCCAUCAUCAUUGUCCUGGUGGCCACUGGCAUCAUCUUCAAGUUCUGCUGGGACCGCAGCCAGAAACGGCGCAGGCCCUCGGGACAGCAAGGUGCCCUGAGGCAGGAGGAGAGCCAGCAGCCACUGACAGACCUGUCCCCUGCCGGGGUCACUGUGCUGGGGGCCUUCGGGGACUCGCCCACCCCCACCCCUGACCAUGAGGAGCCCCGAGGGGGACCCCGGCCUGGGAUGCCCCAGCCCAAGGGGGCUCCAGCCUUCCAGUUGAACCGGAUUCCCCUGGUGAAUCUGUGAUGCCCCCAGUGUUGGGGUGCCGCCAAGCAGGAGGCCAAGGGGCUGGCAUGGCCCCCAUCCCACUGAGGGUGGGGCUGCUGUGGGAGCAGGGGGGCCCACAGGUGUUCCUGGCUCCUGCCCCUGCGCCCCUGCUGCAACACCACUGGCCCCCUAGGCAAUCCUAGCUGCUCACCCUCCUUUAGGUGGGGGCCAUCCAUACUGGUGGUGUCUGGUACCCUUUCUCCACCCUUGCACACUCACAUGAAAGCCUUGCACACUCACAGGCCAUUGCGCACACUCAUGCUCUCGUCCAGUCUUCUGCACCCUCUCCCAGGCACAUCUCUCCUCCCCGCGGGUCUCUCACAGUCUCCCUUCUGUUUCAGUUGUCACUUUCUGCCCCCCGCAUCUCCUACUCAGCUCGGUCAUGCUGUGGUCAGUGGGUGACUUGACCGUUAAAACUCUCCUGUGCAUUUCCUCCCCCCAUGUCGUGGUGUUACGUGUGUCGUGCUUACACUUCCCUCACGAACACCUGCUGAUCCAGUUUCUGUGGCCCCUGCAUGCUGUCCCAGACGUGGGUGGGAGGUGAGCUGGGGGCUCCGUGUGCCCCUGCCUGUCCCAGUCCCAUCCCAUUCCAUGUCGCGUGUCUCAUGGUCUCCCCCACCCCACUUCCAGGGCCUGGCAUUACCCUGAGGGCUGCACUACAUGAGAAAGGGGCUCCCAUUUGCCCUUCCCUCCCUCCGAAGUCCCUUUGUCUGUCUGUCCUGGCUGUCUGUCUGUCUGUGUGCAUCACUCUCUGGAAUUCAGAGCCCCUGAGCCAAUCCUUCACUCCCUAGUCUCCCUUAGGGCUCCCCUAACGCCACCCAGGCUGCCAGGGACUGGACCCAGCUGGUUCAAGGCCAUCGGGAGCUCUGCCUCCCAAUCUACCCCUCCCCGCCCCAGCCUUCCUCGCACCCCUCCUGCCCUCCCUCCUUUGUUCUCCCCCACCUUCUACCUUCCUUCUUCCUCUCUUACCUGGCUCCUAUGCUGUGAUAUAUAUUUUUGUAUUAUCUCUUCUUGUGGUGAUAAUCUUGAAUUCUUGUGGGAUGUAAGUUUCAAAAUUUUCAAAUAAAGCCUUUGCAAGAUACCUGAGUCCCCUGG